AUGGCUCGCUUCGGAGAUGAUCUGCCCACCCGCUAUGGAGGCGGCGGUCCGGCCGGGGCUGGACGAGGGAGCAGCCGGCAAGGUGGCCCUCCACCCGGCCAAAGGAUGUACAAGCAGUCGAUGGCCCAGCGAGCCCGGACGAUGGCUCUCUACAACCCCAUCCCCGUCAAACAGAACUGCUUCACCGUCAACAGAUCCCUCUUCAUCUUCAGCGAGGAUAACGUUAUUCGGAAAUACGCCAAGAGGAUAACCGAAUGGCCUCCAUUUGAAUACAUGAUUUUAGCGACAAUCAUAGCCAAUUGCAUUGUUCUGGCUUUGGAGCAGCAUCUACCAGAGGAUGACAAGACACCCAUGUCAGAGAGAUUGGAUGAUACUGAGCCGUACUUUAUUGGAAUAUUUUGUUUUGAAGCUGGUAUAAAAAUCAUCGCUCUGGGGUUUGUUUUUCACAAAGGCUCUUAUCUCCGAAACGGCUGGAACGUGAUGGAUUUUGUCGUUGUCCUCACAGGGAUUCUAGCCACCGCUGGGACUGAUUUUGACCUACGAACCCUGCGAGCCGUUCGAGUAUUGAGACCUUUGAAGUUGGUGUCAGGAAUCCCAAGUUUGCAGGUUGUCCUCAAGUCCAUCAUGAAGGCCAUGGUGCCCUUGCUCCAGAUUGGGCUGCUUCUCUUCUUUGCUAUUGUGAUGUUCGCCAUCAUUGGGCUGGAGUUCUACAUGGGGAAGUUUCAUAAAACCUGCUUCUCGAACGAAACAGAUUGUGAGGAGGUGGGAGAUUUUCCUUGUGGAGAGGAUCCCCCGGCCAGGCAAUGUGAGAAUGGAACCACAUGCAGGAAAUACUGGCCAGGCCCCAACUAUGGAAUCACCAACUUUGACAAUAUUCUGUUUGCUGUGCUAACUGUCUUCCAGUGCAUCACCAUGGAGGGCUGGACUGACAUCCUCUACAAUACCAAUGAUGCCGCAGGAAAUACCUGGAACUGGCUUUACUUCAUCCCUCUCAUCAUCAUUGGCUCUUUCUUCAUGCUCAACCUGGUGCUGGGCGUCUUAUCAGGCGAGUUCGCCAAAGAGCGCGAGAGGGUGGAGAACCGCCGGGCCUUCCUGAAGCUCCGUAGGCAGCAGCAGAUCGAACGGGAGCUGAACGGGUACUUGGAGUGGAUCUUCAAGGCAGAGGAGGUGAUGCUGGCAGAAGAAGACAAGAAUGCCGAAGAGAAGUCCCCCCUGGACGUGUUGAAAAGAGCUACAAUAAAGAAGAGCAAAAACGACCUGAUUCAUGCUGAAGAGGGGGAGGACCAUUUCACAGACAUUUGCUCUGUUGGGUCUCCAUUUGCCCGGGCCAGUCUGAAGAGCGGAAAGAAUGAGAGCUCCUCGUAUUUCCGGAGGAAGGAGAAGAUGUUCCGGUUCUUCAUCCGGCGCAUGGUGAAAGCACAAAGCUUCUACUGGAUCGUCCUGUGUGUCGUCACCCUGAACACUCUGUGCGUCGCCAUGGUGCAUUAUGACCAGCCGGAAGGGCUCACCACUGCUUUGUAUUUUGCAGAGUUUGUUUUCCUGGGUCUGUUCCUUACUGAGAUGUCCUUGAAGAUGUACGGACUAGGGCCAAGAAAUUACUUCCACUCCUCGUUCAACUGCUUCGACUUUGGGGUGAUAGUGGGGAGCAUUUUUGAAGUGAUUUGGGCAGCAGUGAAGCCAGGUACCUCAUUUGGCAUCAGUGUAUUGAGAGCUCUUCGACUGCUGAGGAUUUUCAAAGUAACCAAAUACUGGAACUCCCUAAGGAAUCUGGUGGUCUCCUUGCUGAACUCCAUGAAAUCCAUCAUCAGUUUGCUCUUCCUGCUCUUCCUCUUCAUUGUGGUGUUUGCUCUGCUGGGAAUGCAGCUCUUUGGAGGACAGUUUAAUUUCCAAGAUGAAACACCGACCACAAACUUCGAUACGUUCCCUGCUGCCAUCCUCACUGUGUUCCAGAUACUGACUGGCGAAGACUGGAAUGCAGUGAUGUAUCAUGGGAUAGUAUCACAAGGUGGGGUCCACUCAGGAAUGUUCUCUUCCAUUUACUUCAUCGUCCUGACAUUGUUUGGUAACUACACACUCCUGAAUGUCUUCUUGGCUAUUGCUGUCGACAAUCUUGCGAAUGCACAAGAGCUAACCAAGGAUGAAGAGGAGAUGGAAGAAGCUACCAAUCAAAAGCUUGCACUCCAGAAGGCCAAGGAGGUAGCAGAAGUCAGUCCUAUGUCUGCAGCUAAUAUUUCCAUAGCAGCCAAACAGCAGAACUCCUCCAAAUCCAAGUCCGUUUGGGAACAGAGGACCAGCCAGAUCCGGAUGCACAAUUUCCGGGCCAGCUGCGAGGCGCUGUACAAUGAGCUCGAUCCGGAGGAGCGGGUGCGCUAUGCUACCACCCUCCACAUCCGGCCAGACAUGAAGACCCAUUUGGAUCGGCCUCUGGUGGUAGAGCCGAGGACCGAAGGGCGGAACAACGUCGGUAAGCUAAGCCCGGUGGACGUUCAGGAGACUGAUCAGGCCAAGGCCACCUCUGCCGACAAUGCAGAAGUGCCACGGAAGCACCACCGGCAUCGGGAUAAAGACAAGAUGGGAGAGCAGGAGAAGAGCGACGUGGCCAAGGAUGAGAACGGGGAGUCUGGCACGAACAAUAAGGAGGAACGGCACAGGCAGCACAGGAGCCGCAGCAAAGAGGCAGAGGGGGGCAGCAAGGAAGGAAAAAGUGAGCGCAACAGAAGCCAGGAAGGGGGUAAAAGGCAUCAUCGUCGAGGCUCCGUGGAAGAAGGGGCUGAGAAGGAGUACCGGCGGCACCGGCCUCACCGACACUCAGCGGAGAGGCAAGCAAAGGAAGGCAAUGGGACAGCCAACGGUGCCAGAAGCGAGCGGCGUUCACGUCACCGAGGAGGGUCGAGGUCAGGGAACCGGGAAGGCGAUCCCGGCUUGAAAGGAGAGAAUGGGGAAGAGCCCCACAGACGAUACAAGAUCCGGCACAGAGCUCUGUCGACGUAUGAGUCGGUGGAGAAGGAGAAUGGGGAGAAGGAAGGAGAGGCUGGGGAGAAAGAUCUUAAGAACCAUCAGCCCAGGGAAACUCAGUGUGAGAUAGAGGCUGGGGGUAGCGUGAGCGUCGUCCCAGUUCAUACCCUGCCCAGCACCUACCUGCAGAAAGUGCCUGAGCAGCCAGAAGAUGCUGACAACGAGAAGAAUGUGACACGGAUGACUCAGCCACCACUGGACAAAACCACCACUGUGAACAUCCCCGUCACCAUCACCGCGCCUCCAGGGGAGACCACUGUCAUACCAAUGAACAACGUUGAAUUUGAAAGUAAAACGGAAGAGAAGAAAGAUAUGGAGAUUGAUGACUUGACAAAAAAUGGGCCUAAGCCAAUCCUGCCUUAUAGCUCCAUGUUUAUCUUAAGCCCUACAAACCCAAUCCGACGCCUGUUUCAUUACAUUGUGAACAUGCGCUACUUUGAGAUGGUCAUCCUCAUCGUCAUAGCACUGAGCAGCAUUGCCCUGGCUGCCGAAGACCCUGUCCAAGCUGAGUCUCCAAGGAAUGAUGCGCUGAAGUAUCUGGAUUAUAUAUUUACGGGUGUCUUUACCUUCGAGAUGGUGAUAAAGAUGAUUGACCUGGGGCUGCUGCUUCAUCCUGGCUCCUAUUUCCGUGACCUGUGGAACAUCUUGGAUUUUAUUGUGGUCAGUGGGGCCCUGGUGGCAUUUGCCUUCUCAGGAAGCAAAGGCAAAGACAUCAACACAAUCAAGUCACUGCGAGUCCUGCGAGUCCUAAGACCACUGAAGACUAUCAAGCGUCUGCCCAAGUUAAAGGCUGUCUUUGACUGCGUGGUGAAUUCCCUGAAGAACGUCCUCAAUAUCCUAAUUGUUUACAUGCUCUUCAUGUUCAUUUUCGCUGUCAUUGCUGUGCAACUCUUCAAAGGCAAAUUCUUCUACUGCACGGAUGAGUCCAAGGAGCUAGAAAAGGACUGCAGGGGUCAAUAUCUGGAUUAUGAGAAGAGUGAGGUGGAGGCGCAGCCCAGGCAGUGGAAAAAGUAUGAGUUUCACUAUGACAAUGUCCUCUGGGCUCUGUUAACGCUGUUCACUGUCUCCACAGGAGAGGGGUGGCCAACUGUAUUGAAGCAUUCGGUGGAUGCUACAUAUGAGGAGCAGGGUCCCAGCCCUGGUUAUCGAAUGGAAAUGUCCAUCUUUUACGUGGUGUACUUUGUUGUCUUCCCCUUCUUCUUUGUGAAUAUAUUUGUGGCGUUAAUCAUCAUCACCUUCCAGGAGCAAGGAGAUAAAGUGAUGUCGGAAUGCAGUCUAGAAAAAAACGAGAGGGCCUGCAUAGACUUCGCCAUAAGUGCCAGGCCACUGACCCGCUACAUGCCUCAAAACAAGCAGUCUUUUCAGUACAAGAUGUGGAAGUUUGUGGUGUCCCCCCCCUUUGAAUAUUUUAUCAUGGUCAUGAUUGCGCUCAAUACUAUUGUGCUGAUGAUGAAGUUCUAUGGUGCUCCAGCCGCAUAUGAAGAAAUGUUGAAAUGCCUGAAUAUUGUAUUUACAUCUAUGUUUUCAAUGGAAUGCGUUUUGAAGAUCAUUGCCUUUGGUGUACUGAAUUAUUUCCGAGAUGCCUGGAACGUCUUUGAUUUCGUAACAGUUUUGGGAAGUAUUACUGAUAUUUUAGUAACAGAGAUUGCGGAAACGGACAACUUCAUCAACCUCAGCUUCCUGCGGCUCUUCAGGGCAGCCAGACUGAUCAAACUUCUUCGCCAGGGUUACACCAUCCGCAUUCUGCUCUGGACAUUUGUACAGUCUUUUAAGGCCUUGCCUUAUGUGUGUCUCCUCAUUGCGAUGCUCUUCUUCAUCUAUGCCAUUAUCGGCAUGCAGGUAUUUGGAAACAUUGCACUAGAUGAUGAUACCUCAAUUAAUCGACACAACAACUUCAGAACUUUCUUGCAAGCCCUGAUGCUAUUGUUCAGGAGUGCCACCGGGGAAGCUUGGCACGAGAUCAUGCUGUCCUGCCUCAGUAACAGAGCCUGCGACAAACUGUCCGGCCUCACCAAAAACGAAUGUGGCAGCGACUUUGCCUAUUUUUACUUCGUCUCUUUCAUCUUCCUUUGUUCCUUUCUGAUGUUGAACCUGUUUGUGGCUGUAAUCAUGGACAACUUUGAGUACCUGACACGAGACUCUUCCAUCCUUGGACCCCAUCACCUGGACGAGUUCAUUCGGGUCUGGGCUGAAUACGACCCUGCUGCCUGCGGGCGCAUCAGUUACACUGACAUGUAUGAGAUGCUGAGACACAUGUCCCCACCUCUAGGCCUGGGAAAGAAAUGCCCUGCUCGAGUUGCCUAUAAGCGCCUGGUGCGGAUGAACAUGCCGAUCUCGGACCCAGACUUAACGGUCCACUUCACUUCCACGCUGAUGGCCUUGAUCCGGACCGCUCUAGAAAUCAAACUCGCGUCAGCGGGUGUGAAGCAGCACCAGUGUGAUGCCGAGCUGAGGAAAGAGAUCUCUCUGGUUUGGCCCAAUCUGUCCCAGAAGACAUUGGACUUGUUGGUGCCUCCCCAUAAACCUGACGAAAUGACUGUGGGGAAGGUCUAUGCCGCUCUCAUGAUAUUCGACUUCUACAAGCAGAAUAAAAACAGCAGGGAACAAGUGCACCAGCCACCUGGAGGUCUUUGCCAGACUGGACCAGUGUCGUUGUUCCACCCCUUGAAAGCAACCCUGGAGCAAACCCAGCCUCUGGUGUUCAACCACGCUAAAGCAUUCCUUCGCCAGAAAAGUUGCACCUCGCUCAACAAUGGGGGCACAUUGCCAGCCCCAGAGAGCGGGAUCAAGGAGUCUGUUUCGUGGGGGACUCAGCGCACUCAGGAUGUGUUUUACGAAACCAGGACCCCAGCUUUUGAACGAGGCCACUCGGAAGAAAUUCCCAUUGAGCGGACAAGCAAACAGGUUGUAGAAAUGAGAGAAAUCAGCCCCACCCUGGCCAACGGAGAACACCAGCUUGGCCUGGAGAGCCAGGGGCGGGCGGCUUCCAUGCCGCGUCUGGCCGCCGAAACUCAGCCCAUCCCAGACACCAGCCCCAUGAAGCGCUCCAUCUCCACGCUGACGCCGCAGCGCCCGCAUGCCAUGCACCUGUACGAGUAUUCCCUGGAGCGCAUGCCCCCAGACCAGGCUCAUCACCACCAUCACCAUCGCUGCCAUCGACGGAGAGACAAGAAGCAGAAGUCGUUGGACAGGUCACCCAACCAGCUGGCCGAUGGGGAUGCCGCCCCAACCCAUUACUUUAUUUUGGUGGCACAUUCAGGUGAGGCGUCUUCCAAGGAUAAGAAGCAAGAACGAGGCAGGUCCCAAGAGAGAAAGCUGCACUCCUCCUCUUCCUCCGAAAAACAGCGCUUCUACUCCUGCGACCGCUACGGGAGCCGGGACCGUUCUCAGCCCAAAUCAGCUGAUCACAGCAGGCCCACCUCGCCCAAUGGGGGGCUGGAGCCAGGCCCCCACAGACAGGGUAGUGGUUCAGUUAAUGGGAGCCCCUUGCUGUCGACAUCUGGUGCUAGCACCCCGUGCCGCGGGCGGAGGCAGCUCCCGCAGACUCCGCUGACCCCCCGCCCCAGCAUCACUUACAAGACCGCCAACUCCUCACCCGUGCACUUCACCAGUUUCCAAACCAGCCUGCCUGCUUUCUCCCCGGGGCGCCUGAGCCGAGGUUUGUCUGAGCAUAAUGCGUUACUGCAUGGGGACUCUCAGAGCCACUCACGCUCCCCGGUGGCCCGCAUUGGUUCCGACCCCUACCUUGGACACCGCGACGACAGUGACAGCCCGUACCGUGUCGUGCCCGAGGACACGCUCACCUUCGAGGAGGCUGUCGCCACCAAUUCAGGAAGGUCCUCAAGGACUUCUUACGUCUCGUCCUUGACUUCCCAGUCUCACCAAAUCCGCAGGGUUCCCAACGGCUACCACUACACGUUGGGCCUCAGCACGGGCCCUGGGACAUGCGCCAGAACCCGUAGCUAUUACCACGAAGCCGAUGAGGACGACUGGUGCUAGCAUAAAGGCAAAGCCCUUGCCGGUGUACGCGUUUGGAAUCGAUGAGUUUUAUCAUCUGGAUGGCUGUGUGCUCAGACACACAUGGUGACCGGGGUCACGGGGGGGAAGAAACAGCCGCUGGCGAGAACUGCUCCAAACCCGACGCCAUCCGAGACGCUCGUUCAGCCUCUGUCUUUUCUUUCUUUCUUCUUUUUUUUC